AUGGAACUGGCGUUGCUCGGCAGCGACCACGGUUGCGACCACGACGUGCCCGUAUCGAGGAAGGACGAGCUCAAGUUCCUGGAGGAUCUGCUGCUGUCGGACAUCCAGACCGCGCUCUCCCGUUUGCGCGAGACGCUCGAGCGCACGGACGUCGCGACGCUCGCGAAGCACGGCGGCGUGUCGGAUCCCACGAGUAAGCUACAUCUCCUGCGGCUGGUGUCGAGUCUGCUGUCGCGGCUGCAGGUGCCGGUGGAAGAGAGGGAAUCGGGUGGCGGCGGGGGCGACAGGACGAUCGACGUCGCGACGCAGGGUGGCAACGGCGCGCCGCCCGGACGAAGACGGCGCCCCGUCAGGCACACCAUCGGCGUCUCCGCCGAGGAGAUCGCGCGUGCGAGAAGGCAGUUGGAGGAGAGCAGCGCUGACCUGGCGAGACUGAACGACCAGGUGUUCUCGAUUGAGCGACUCGAACCACUGUUGCCCGCGUCGUUGAACUCGACGAGCGGCGAGAGGCCGCACGUGGAGGAGAUCCAUGACAAAUACACGAAGGACGUGAUCAAUCAGCGUCAGUCGUUGCGCGACAAGAAUAAGGACACCGGUGGAUACCGGCCGCAGCUGCAGAUCCCGCCGCAGAUCGGUUACGCGGAUCGGCCGGCGAUCGCAACUAGAACGGUGGAUGAGUCGAACGCGCGCCAGACCCGAUAUCAGAACGACGGUUACCAGGAGAAGGUGAGCGACGACGACGAGGAAACCGCGAUCAAGAGAGCGUGCGAGGAGAAGAGUCGGGUGACGAAACUCGCGGCGGCGCUUCGACAACGCGCGGAACUGAUCAGCGCCGGCAGGUGCAACAACGGCGGCAACAAGUUCGCGGCGAAAAAGUCGAAGAUCAAGCGCGCCAACACUAUCGACAUACCGAGCUACCUGAAAUUACAGACCGACGGUCUCGGUUACGACAAUCCCGGUUGCGUAGUGCUGCGACGUCCCAUCAACGUGGGCGACAAGAUCACCACGAACGCGCCCAAUCUCGCCGUGCCGUCGUUCCAGCCGAGAACGGAGAACGACAAGAAGUUCCUGGCGCUGAUCAGCCGGAACAACGAGAACACGUCGGUGUACAACGCCACGCCUGCCUUUGUCAAAUCUUUUGGCUACACCAAGGCAGCGGACAUGUCGCAGACGAACGAGAACUGGAACAGCCGGUUCUCGAACAUCAAGACCGCUUUCGACAAGCCUUCGUCUACGAAUGACAUCGACAAGUCGUCACCGAGGCUGCAGAACACCGUGAAACGCUUCCCGAAUACUCCCCAAAACACUCCCCAAACGUCUCCUCAAAUUUCGAUGGGCAAGAAGACGCCGAUCGACAGCGGCGGCGCGGCGCACAACGGUUUCCCGUUCGCAAACGCAAACGUGCCGCAGCCGGACGCGGGCUUCAGACACGCUCCUUCGUCGCUGUUUCGGAAGAUCGAGAAGCCCUGCACCCCGACGUCCCCGCCCGGCCAUCACUGGCCAAGGGACAACGCGCCACCGUCCGGAAAUUCCUUACGCGAGAAAGCCAAGAUAUUCGACCGAAACGGCAACCAGUCUCAACCGCCGUUCAACGUGAACGAGAAUAUUAAAAAAUCCGCUUUCCCACGACCACCGUGGAUCGAGCAUGAUCGAAAUGACAGCAAAUCGAACAAAAUGGUCACUGAGAACGGACGGCUCGAUUACCGGUUGUUCUGCAAGCAGUUCGCGCCCUUUGUCGGCAAAAACGCUACCCCGGAAGUCAAAAGCGUCGAGGAUUCUCGCAAGCGCAACGAACACUCGAACGCGCAUCGCAAGAAUUUGGCGCCAUUAAACGAGAAGCGAGAACGAGAAGGCGUGGUGGACGGGAAAAUUUCUUUCAGGGUGUUCCCCGAGAAAGGACCGCAGGUGCAGUAUCGCCCGAGUGAGCCGCGUCGCGUCGUCGAGGAAUCUGUUCAGGAUAAAUUUGAUCUUCGCAGCGAGAAGAGUGUCUUUGAACCACUGGCCCCGGUGCGCAAUAAUAAAGAUUCCGGAGCUUCGUUCGCGGGGAACGCACCGAUCGAUGCGAUGUUCAGAGGUAGCUCGUCCGUGGCCAUACAGACGGGCGUCAACGACGACGGUCAUCCUGAGGAGGCGCGAGUGUUUCGAGUGACUCCUAGGGUCGCAAAGGGGCCACCGUCUGCGUACAAUAAUGCAUCCGUCCAAACCCACGAAUCGGGAGUGCAGGAAGCUAAAGAUCAUUGGACUCCUCAGUACGACACGAUUUCGACAUCAGAUUCGAGUAGUUACCGUCCUGUCGGGGAUUCGAGUCAUUUUGUCCUGGAUCACAAUCGUAAUUAUCACUUAACAACCGAUAUUGCUGCGAGAAACGAAACUCUGCCCUUAGCGAACAAGAAUGCUUACGACCUUAUCAAGAAAGACACCGUUUCCGUGCCGUAUUCGACGGAGAAGAUUCCUUUUCAACCGAUUUCCGGCCUAGAAUCGCCGGAACAGCGCGAGUCAAUUUUCCGAACGAGUCCGCGAUGUGAAAAUUAUUUCUCGCCUAAAUCGGUGCUCGAUAAUCAAUCGCAAAUUUAUCCAACUUUUAAAAUCUCGUACGUUAAACCCAACAAAGAUCCGUUCGAGGAACGGAUACCAAGCGUGUCGCAUGAAAUCGGCAAGGAAGAUCUACGUACGAGCGACGGCGCCUUGCCGGAGGAACAGAAUAUCCAAAAUCAGGAUAUCAGUGCGGACGCCGGUGUCGUUACGCGGUACACCUGCGCGAUCGCGACUGUCGCGUCCGCGGACGUUCCAGCGGCGCGGGUCGACGGCGGACACAGACAGGAAUCUGGAAUGUCACCAUCCUCCUCCUUGUCACCCUCACAGCUCUGGCCGUAUCCCAAAUCGACCGACAGCGAGACCACCACGACCGCGGAGGACGAAAUACGUCGGCACAAUAUGUUGCAGCAGAACCUGGUCCGUCAGUUGCAAAACGAACGAACGAUGCUGAACGAUUAUCAUACGCCUGUCGUCAAUCAAUCUAGCAAUUUUAAUCAGCCUAACAGCUUUCAUCAAUCUCUGAGGUUUCAGCCGCUCGAAAUGCCGAAAAGCCCGGAGCCGCCGAAAAGACCGGAACUGCCAAAGAGACUGGAACCGCCGAGAAGGUCGGAAUCGUCGAAAAGGCCGGAACCGCCGAAAAGGCCGGAACCGCCGAAAAGGCCGGAACCGCCGAAAAGGCCGGAGCCGCCGAAGAGAUCGGAACCCGGAUCGCCGAGGAGAUUGAUACCGAGGAAAUCGGAAUCGCCCAGGAAGUUAGAGUCACCGAGGAAAUUGGAGCCUGCACCGGCGGUCGUCACUGGUUUGCUGUCGGUAGCACCGUCCUCCGGAUUCAGCGCGAAGAAUCGAAUCACCGCUCUCAGAGAACAGUACGAGCAACCGGGCGGUCAAUCAAAAUCCAGCCAAAAAGAACCGAUCCCGAACGGCGCGAUGGAUUCCAGCGACGAGUACCUCGUGUCCUGCACCAACAGGCCGUCCAGAUCCAUCGUCCUGUCGAAGUCCGAGUCGUGGCAUCAGCUGGCACUCUCGAAGAGCCAUCACGCUACGUCACGUCCGGCACUGAGUAACUUACCGCCGCAAUCCUUCGCUGGCACCGGGUCCUAUCUUCCGAAACCGCCCAAGCCGAAAUCGCCGUCGUCCUUCAAGAUGAAGAAGCAAUACGAGGCAUCCUCGGACAGCGUGAAGAAGAUGGAGGAUAAAAUACGUAGGUACUUUGACAAUCCGGCGAACGACGGCGCCGCGGAGGCGAAGGACUCGAAAGGUAGACGUUUCUCGUCGCGCGACUCGGUGAAAAAGGGUCUUGUCAGUCUAUCCAGAAGUCGCACCAUGCCGGGGAUAUGCGACGAGAACCUGCGCCUGGCGAUCCCGGCAGUGCCGCAGAUUCCUGUAGCGAGCCUCAACAGUGCCGACGUGGACAAGGUGUUCGAUGACAUCUUCGAGGAGGCUACCAAAACUGACGAUCAUCGCUUCUGAUCGGCCGAUCUUUAUCAUGUCGGCACGAUGUAUACUUGGGAGACUUGGUGGCGAUAAAAAUGGUGUCCAUUCGGAUACCUUUGCGAGUAAUCUUUGUGCAAAAGCCAGCGAUAUUUCGGCAUGUUGAACAUCGUGAUAAAAGUACGAUUCUACAAUCACCUGCAUUAAUCUUAUCACGGCUAUGUAGCGAUCGAUCGACAACGUGGAUCAUUAAACUGUGAUCUUGCUCACUUUGAUUCGCAUGGCCGGCCGUCGAGACAGCUGACAUCCAGGACGACGCAUCGUCGCGCAUAGUUACAAUAAUUCUAAUCAGACUGUUUACGUUAGCAGUUUGCAUACGAUUAUUAUUGUUGACUAUUUGUUUUCAUAAGACAAUUUCUGUAAGCAUUAACUAAGAUUUCAGAUUAACUGGGA